AUGGUUGCCCCAGCUCGUUUCCGCACUGCAAAAUGGCUACAAAAGGCCGGUUUCGCCCCACAAGUUUUCUUGUUCCGCAAUUUGGAGAGCGGCCAAGUGAUAUACUCGCAACUGCCUGUGUUUGCACAAUACCAGAUCGACGCGCAAUUUAAACGUCCGGACUGGGCCAACAGGAAGCCCUCAACGAGAAGAGACGUUUGGAGAUGCAUGGCUGUAGUGGACCUACCCAACUACGACCAGGGCGUGCAACUUUACCAGGAUCUGUGUAGGCUACGCUACUUGAGAGAUGUCCUUGAUCCCAAGAAGGCUGAUGCGCUACGUAAGAAAAACGAGGACGGCCACGUCUGGUACAGUGCCCAGUAUCGCCCCACGUACGGCCAGGAAGCGGUAGCGGACCUGAGAGAAGCCCUGAGCAAGACCUCUGCAAGCACAAGCCAAAUUCACUGGGAGGACGAGUGGCGCAUGGGCGACAUUGGCAGACACUGGACUCCAGUGCUGCCGCAUGUUAAGCAUGACGUGCUCCCACGGAUGGGGAACCCAGCCAGAGAACAGUCAGCAAUUUUGCGUGCGCUGGGCGACCGAGCCAAGCUGGCCUUUGCCGAGCAUGCAGCAGCCAACAAAGUCGCACUUUAG